UAUUUUUUAAUUAAAGUUGGAGGAUUCGGGUGAAAAUGAUUUUCACCCUUUCCGUUUUUCAAAAAUACUCCUAAAAUCUUAGUAUCCCAAUUAAUCAAUCGCGGACAUAAACUUAUUCGUCCCAAAAAUUGUAUACCCUGUUUGGCAGCAAACCCGCUUCUCCGCGUAGUUGGAUCGGCGAUUUUUAUUCUCCUUUCUUAAUAUUCAGACCAAAUUCCUUCAGAUGGAUUCUGAAGUUAGUGAAAUGCAACACAAACAAGAACGCUUGAGAACAAGAUGGACACCCUCCCAGGACAAGGUUUUUGCUGACCUUGUUGUUGAGCAGAUUAAGCUGGGGAACCGGCCGAAUAAUGUCUUUGAUAAGAAAACUUGGAAUUAUAUACGUGAUGAAUUUAAUAGGCAGACAAAUCUUCAUUUCAAUAAUAACCAACUAAGAAAGCACCUUGAUGUGUUGCGCACUCGUUACUACAACCUUAAAUCUGCUUCUGAUCAAACUGAUGCUUUGGAUGAUCCUUGCUACAUUGGUUUUGACCUAUGGGAAGAUAUUGGAGCUCAGCCGAAGCCUGAAUCAAGCAAAACCAAGGAGUGCCCUAUCUAUGAGCAGCUGUGCACAAUAUUUGCUGACUCGGGUGCUGAUGGGAAGUAUGCACAAUCAAGUCACUAUGAAGGACUGGACAAAUCUGCUGGGAUUGAUAUCUCACAUAAAGAAAGUAGCAACUUGGCUCCUCCAUCAACUCCUUUACACAAUGCUGCUACUCCACAACAAACUACAACAAGGACUGGUAAAAAGAGAAAGUUUCCACCAGAUACAGUUACUGCUUCAGGCCAGAACUGCGAGGAUAAACAGACAAUUGAUGCUAUGGCAGAAGCGCUGCGGGAGAUGAUUGCUGCUUCAAAGUAUCAGACAGUUGUAAUGCCUCAAGUUGAUGGAAGAUUUACAAUCCGCAGAUGUAUCAAAGCUUUGGAUGAGAUAGAAGGCGUUCCAGACAAUCUUUACUAUGCAGCUUUGGAUUUAUUUGACAAUCCCAGUCUAAGGGAGAUGUUCAUCUCUCUUAACAGCAGUAGCAUACAGCUGGCAUGGUUGCAGGGGAAAUGUGCUAAUGUUGCUUCAUUUAUCUAGCCUUGCCCCCUGGUUUACAAACUUAGUUGUAGUAAUCAUUUUAUCUAGCGAAAAUUUUAUUGGAAAAUUUGAUAUGUGGAUUCCUAUACCUGCUUGUAGUUACCAGCAUGGGACAGGUAAAUAGAUUGCAGUUAAGGUAGCAGCAUAAAUUUGGAGUUGUGGUCAAGACAUGCUAAGGCUUUACAUGUUCGUAGUGCCUAAGCAGGUUAACUUUCUCUUGCAAAGAAUGUUUUGGAUGGAAGCUUCUUUUACUUUUGAAUGGUUUUCUCAGCUUACUUUGCCCGUUUGAGCUUGCUCAUGAUGCCGGUAUGAAGCCUGAAUAAAGUAGGAGGCUAGGUAGGCUGGUGGCCAGUAUGAAACUAGUCAAUUCAUGAUGAAUCCUUACGAUACUAAGAGGAGAAUUUACAUGGGAAAUGUGAUUAGCUGAUCCCUAGCUGUUUAGGACCGAGGUGUAGUAGUUGUUGCUGUUGUUGGAAAAUGUUUUUCUAUGGUUGUUGAAUUUCCACAUUUGUUUUCAUGUUCCCUCUUGUAAAGAUCUUCAUUGGCAAGCUUUGAUGUGGAGUGCGGGGUUUGAUUUCAUCACGACUACAUAAAGAUAGCAUAUCCCAAAAGGUCAUUGUGACCUUGUUUAGGAGAAAGAAGUACAAAGCUAGGUCGUUACAUAAUAGAGUCCGGAGCCUAACACUCUGUCUAAGAGAACCAUGCUUGUUUUGAUUGUUUCUUAAGAUGUAUGGUAAGGUAUGGUUUAAUUUCAUGAUUUUGAUAACCA